UCUGGAUUGCCACUCAACCAGGGCAUCUUCUCCACGCGCCAACUCCUCGUGCGCCACCUUUCCCCGCUUCACGUUUUUGCGCACGACGUCUACUCGCGAUGCUUCUCCGCGCUCUAUUUUACUUUCCGCGCCAAUCCUUCCUGCGCGGUUUCUCCUAACGUCGAUUCUCCGCGCGCCAGUCUUCAAGUCCAUUUUCACUUACACUUUCACUUGGGACGCUUUAUCACGCAUCGCGUCGCCAACCUCGAUUUCUCUUUUGGCGCCCAUUCUCUUCGCGCUCCUUCCUCGUGCUCGACGUGUCCUAACGUCGUUCGACGCCUGCUACUUUCGACUAUGCCUAUUGGCUGGGCCUCUUUGCCCCAUCAUACCGGCAUCAAUCCUCAACCAAUCACACAUGCAAUGUCGUCACUCUUGACCCUCGGAGACCCAAGAGGCCAAUUCAAAUAUCUUAUUGUCUAUCGAUGUGACCCUUCCACGGGAGCCACCUUUAUCUCAGACACGACGACCUCGCGAUCGGUCUAA